UUUUUUAAUUGAGACAGGCUCACUUGCCCUCGGUAGAGAGUGAUGGUGUCAUAGCUCACAGCAACCUCAAACUCUUGAGCUCAAGUGAUUCUCUUGCCUCAGCCUUCCAAGUAGCUGGGACUACAGGCACUGGCCACAAUGCCCACCUAUUUUUUUGUUUUAGCAGGCCCGGGCUGGGUUUGAACCCACCAGCCCUGGUGCAUGUGGCUGGUGCCCUACCUACUGAGCUACAUGCACUGCCAGGAUAGUCUUGGAAAUAUUUCCUUAUUCUACUAUUUUAUUUAAUUAAUUAAUUAAUUUAUAUUUGUAGUUUUUGGGCAGAGCUGGGUUUGAACCCACCACCUCCGGCAUAUGGGGCCGGCGCCCUACUCCUUUUAGCCACAGGUGCUGCCCUAUUCUACUGUUUUAUUACUCAUCUCUCCUUGUUCUGCUUUUAGGCUUUCUCUGGCCCCUGCUGCCUGGCAGCUAGGGCCUAGUCUCCUACUGGGGAGUCUACCUGGGGCUGGUCGACAAGGCACCUGGGGCACAGGGACCUGGUAUCUCUGGCAGGGCAGGAAGUCACACCCCAGUAGCUGUCAGAGUAGAAGGCCUUGAGACAGAUCUCUAAGCUGUCUUAGAGAUCACCAAGGCCAGAACAAUAAGAUUUCCCUCCCCUCUGAGCCCACUUGGGGUCAGGCUUUGUACAACUGAAUUUCCCCGAGACCUCCCUGAAAAAAUACUCAGGAAAGUGCCCCACAUACUAGGCACUAGUUACCAGAUGCCUACCUCUUCCUUCCUUCCCUCACAGCACAAUCUCUCCAUUCCUGAGCCUGGCCUCUAGCCAAGGCCCAUGCUGAUUUUUUGAGGACUUUUUUUGCCUACCUGUGGUGUCAGAUAUCACAAAAAGUGUGCACAGACCUUUCUUUUGAUAAUCAGUUUUUGUUAGUAUUUGUGUAUUUAAUAUGUGGCCCAAGGUAUCUCUCUUCUUCCAGUGUGAGGCAGAGAAAAAAAAGUUGGACACCACUGCAAGAAGGUGAGGGCUGAGAUUGAAACCUGGGUGUGCCCAGGCGCAGGCCCCUGGGGCCCCUGGCAUGUGUUCUGGUUUCAGGUUUCUCACCAUUUCCUGGCUUUUGCUGCUGGGCUGUGGUCCCAGGUUGGUUUAGUAACUGGAUAAAUAAGUAGGUAGUAAAGCUGGAGUUCUACCCUCUUUUACUCUAUGUCUAUGAUGGGAACGUUUGUUAUUUCCUUUUCUGUUGCCCCCAGGUCUUGGUGCAGGAUUCUCCUCCUGGGGGCUCUGUGGGAUCUGGUGUCUGCUGCCUUUGACUGUCUUUUGGGUGGGAUCUGUCUGAGGGUCUGACUAGUGAGGUCUCUGGCACCAUCCCACAGGACCCAGACCUUUCUGAAGCUGGGAAUGGCUUUGGGCUCCUCUUCUGGUGGCUGAUCCUCCUCCUUGGGUUUGGUGGCAGGACUAGUGUAUGAGGACUGAUCUUCAGCGAAAGGCCCAGAUCCAGUCUGCUGGGAUCUCCCUCCUGGCCAUCUUGGCUACCCUUCAUGGCAUGGAGAAGAAGAUGGAAUCUCAGACCGCCCGACUCCAGAAUCUGGAGGGGAGCACGGGGACAGCUGAGAAGAAGCUAGCCGACUACGGGAAAACAGCCGUGGAGUUUGGCAACCAGCUGGAGGGCAAGUGGGCUGUGCUGGGGACCCUGCUGCAGGAGAAUGGGCUGCUGCAGAGGCAGCUGGAGAACGUGGAGAACCUGCUGUGCAACAGGAACUUCUGGGUCCUGAGGCUGCCCCUGGGCAGCAAGGGGGAGGCCCCCAAGGAAGGAACAGUCCAACUGGCAUCCCCAGGAGUUCCAACGUGGAUCAAGCAAGAGGAAGAGGUGUGUGGGAGGAACCAGCAAGGCCCACAGGAGAUCACCCUGGUGCUCCGGUGCCCAGAGUCCUGGCUGGUCAUCAAAGAGAAGAGGAGUCUGGAGGGAGAAUGUGAGGCACGGGAGCCCACCUGGGCAGCUGAAGCAGCACCUGCCAAGGAGAGCUUGGAGGGGGUCACCUGUGAGGAUCUGCCUCCUGACCCCAGAGAUAGCGAAGUGGCUUCUGUCCCUCCAGGGCCCCAGAAUCUGGCUGUACCAACUACUUCAGGCAUUGGGCAGUGCCCACCCUGUGCCAAGUAUGGUCAGAGCUCUGGAAGGAGGACUGUGGCCCCCAGCCCUUCAGCUAUACCCAGUGUCCCCAAAGCUUCACACAGCAGGCCACCCUCACCAGCCACUGGCCUGUGCACGUGCCCGAGCGUGCCUACACCUGCAUCCAGUGUGGCAUGAGUUUUGUGUACCAGUUGAUGCUCACCACCUACUUCCGCACGCACUCUGGCAAGAGGCCCUACAAGUGUACCGAGUGCGCGAAGCACUUCUGCUGCCUGUCCACGCUGGUGGAGCACCGGCACACGCACA